AUGCCAGCACCGGUGAAAAUCAGAAGCUCACAGGGCUGCUGGACCUGCCGUUUAAGAAGAAAGAAGUGCGAUGAGCGUAAACCCGUCUGCUCCACAUGCGGUGUUCUGGAGAUCACAUGCCACUUCAGUGAUAAGAAGCCUGAAUGGAUGGACGGCGGCGAUCGUGAAAAGCAGAUGGCUGAUCGUCUUAAGGCCAUGGUCAAGGUCAAAGCUAACGAGCGCCGGGAGAGGAAAUGGGCAAUCGGCAUUCUUACUGACAAUGAUGAGACAGCCCAAGGUGUUUCCGACGAUAACGACGCUGCGUUAGCAGUCAGUAUGGAAAAUACCAUGACCUUGGACUCAAGCACGGAGCACGAGUCCGCUGAUACCAGCGGUGGCUCAGUGUAUACGCCCACAACUAGCAUUAGCAAGGAAUCACCCAGUCCAGGUGGUUUGCCUACAGAGAGCCAGCCAACGUUGACCGGUCUGCAGCCCUUCCAGCCAGCUUCUGCACAGAUGGCAAAUGCCACUCAUCAAGGCGUUCGUAUGACCCCGUAUCAUACAGCAAGCUUCCCCGACCCGGAAUCAGAACGGGAACUGAACUUUUCCAUGGUGUAUCUGGACUACGUGUUUCCAUACACAUCACCGUUCUACCGCCCACCAUUGCUUGAAGGUGGACGAGGUUGGCUCCUAGUCGUGCUCCUGAGAAACAAACCACUGUAUCACACGGCUCUAUCUGUGGCAUCCUACUUCUUCGCGGUCAUGUUAGGGUCUUCCCUCGACGGCCAUGAAGAGUGCAAGACGCAUAAUUGGGAUGAGCUCCAGAAGCACCAGGAGCUCUCGAUCAAAGCACUUCAAGGCAGUAUGGAGUGCUUGACUUCUCGUGGCGUGCAGUUUUGCUUCCGUCAAAGUAUGCAGUGCUUGGAAGGAGUCGCCCAGCUGUUGUCGUUCGAGACUCUGAUCGGAAACACGAGCAAUAGCCAGACGCACCUGAACGCAGCUUUAUUUCUAUUUGAGCAAAUCAUUGAACACCACGCAACUAACGAUAUCAAGCCCUGGUGGUCUGUCCUGGCUCGAAUAGAACCUAGGGUUAUGGAGGUUCAGUUUCCCACAGGCGGACGUCCAUGGGCUAGCGAACAAGCAUCUUUUCGCUUUCUCACGGUCAAUUUGUUAUGGUCGGAUGUCAUUGCAUCAACAGCCCUAGCCCAAGCUCCACGGCUUCAAAAAUUCCACCCUGAGCUUAUUGAUGGCCCAACCCCUGAACUUCCUAUCCAAGACUUCCUUGGAUGUCAUAAUUGGGUGAUCUUGACCAUUGGCGAGAUUGCAGGCCUUGAUGCAUGGAAGAAAGAAAUGCGAAAUGCCGGCGUUUUAUCCAUGGUUGAGCUCGUAACGCGGGCAACGUGCAUUGAGAGGAGACUACGAGCUGGUAUCGAGGAAUUGGACAAAGUGCCGAUGCAUACGAUGUUCGACCCUUCCGCUCGUGCGCCUGAUCAGCCUUUCUAUGACUUCGGCUUAGAGGUGGUCACGGAAGUCGGCCAACAACACUCAACCCCAUCGAAAGCGUUUCACACCAAGAUAUGGGCAAAGGCAGCUCUCACUUAUCUUGCUGUAGUAGUCUCUGGGUUUCAACCAGCUUUGCCUGACAUCCAAAACAACGUCUCGGCUACCAUAGAUCUUUUCCGCAAUAUGGCGAGCCCUCUUUGUUUGCGUACGUUUGUGUGGCCGUUUGCGGUGACAGGUUGUCUGUGUUUGUCGAAUCAAGAAGAGAUUUUCCGGGACCUGGUAAGCAACAUGGGCGCAAUGCAUGAGUUUGGAACGUUGAGAGAAGCUCUGAAAAUCAUGAGCGCCGUGUGGGAACACCGAACCUGCCUUGAUGCAGACACGUGGGACAUUGCUUCCUGUUUAAGCGUGCUAGGCCAUACGUCGCUGUUGAUCUAG